UUUUUGUGGUGUUAAAGUGCUGUUUGGGUUUGUUUUUGUCAAAUGUCAAAUUUUAUCUUGAUGAAAAGGACAAAAGUUUCUUAGAUUAAUAGUUUACCUUGAAAACAUACAUAUAUUUUUUUUCUAAAUGUUUUGGCAUUGUUUUUGUCAAAUGUCAUUGUUUCUUUUUCUAAUUUUUAUCUUCCACUUGUUUUUAUACACGGAUUAUAGUUUCUAGGGUUGCAUUAGAAACAGCAUGAAUUACAAAACAGAAUUCACCUUGUUGUUAUCACCCCACCUCUAUAAAUGAACACAACAUUCUUAACAUUAAUUUCCACGAAAGAACUCAACAAAAGACCUCAGGUUAGGAUAUGAUUGCUCUUUAGAAGGCACCAACCGUACUUCCUGGUUUUUGGAUAUUCAGGUCACCAGCCAUGGAAGGAGGAUCACAACAAAAGAUUGGUCAUUCAUAUCUAUCUAUAGAUGAUUGCUUUUAUUUUGAUCCGCCAAAUCCAACCGUCCCCAAGUUUCAAUGGACUCAAGACUUUCAUUACCGGUUUGUCGAGUGUGUAAACCUCCUUGGUGGAGCAGACAAGGCAACACCAAAAUCAAUAUUGAAGCUAAUGGACACAGAGGGGUUGAAAAUCUAUGAUGUCAAAAGUCAUUUGCAGCAAUAUCGAAUUGCAAAGUACAUGAAAGAAUCUGAAGAAGGAAGAUCUGAGAAAAUGACUUGUGUCUUUGAAGAAGCACAUACGGAUGCUCUACGAAUGCAACUAGAUGUGCAGAGGCAAAUUCAUGAGCAGUUAGAGACUCAGAGAAUUUUACAGCUGCAGACAGAAGAACAAAGAAGGCAGCUCCAGAUGAUGUUUGAUCUACAACAAAAUUACAAAAAUGGGAGCCUAAUUGAGAAGCCGAAUCCAAAUUCUACAUGCCCAGAUGACCUGUCAAGUGGCGUUGAUGACAUGUCAAUAGCUGAUGAUUCCGGAAAGAAUAAUUCUAAAUGCAUAUAAUUUGAUCACAAAACUGAAUACAAUCUCGUUACAUGGGAUGAGAUUUAAUAAAUGUGUGGUUCCAUUCUAUGUGAGAGAUUUGUGUCGGAUUCUAUGAUCAGAUUUUGUACACGUAGAAGAACUAUUCCGGAAAUACUCAUUUCCCGUCCAAAAUAAGUUAGUUGGCACGAGCAAACUUAAAUAUUUUCAUAAGUAUUCAUGGGGUUCUGAGGAAACUCACUUCCUACAACAGAACCGUAAACCACAGAUGAUGCUACUUGGUAAAUAAUUGAAAUGGAAUGUAUUUACUUAAAUUUUAUUUA